AUGCCGAACCCUGCCACUCCCGGAUCCACCGGACCAACGAUCACCCUCGAGGAUAACGCCCAACUCUACAACUCCUGGGCUAAGACAUACGAUACGGACGGGAACGUCCUCCAACAACUCGACGCGCUCGCGUUUGAAGAUACCGUCAUACCCCUUCUAACCUCCUCCCUUUCGAAUCCACCACUGAAGAUCCUCGAAUUAGGCUGUGGAACUGGACGAAACACCGUCCUACUCAAAAAGUAUGCGCCGAGGGGGAGUGUGAUCUACGCUACGGAUAUUAGUGAGGGUAUGAUGGAGGAGGCGAGGAAGAAGCUUGGCGAGUUGGUGUUUAAUGGGAGGGGUUCCAGCGUUGGCAGGACUAGUGAGGGAGAAGGCGGGGAGGAGGAGACGAGGGCGAAGUGGGCCUUGAUCGAUUUGACGACUCAGCAGAAGGAGUUAGUCGAAUUCCUCCGGGAUGCCAAUGCAUGCACCACCUCCAACACGGAUGACACAGAAGAAACAUAUAAAGUCGACGCCCUAAUCAGCACCCUCGUCCUCGAACACGUCCCUCUCAACUCAUUCUUCCCCGUCCUCAGCGCCGUCCUCAAACCAGGCGCAUGGGCAUGGGUGACAGACAUGCACCCCGAGAUGGGGGCCUCGAGGGCCGCGUUCCGAAACGCUGAAGGCGUCAAAGUGACAGGUGUCAGUUACAUGCAUGGUAUAGAGGAAAAACUGAAAGCUGCGAAGGCGUGCGGGCUGGAAAUUGUAGGCCAGGUGGAUGAGAGGGGUGUGGGGGACGAGGAAGGGGAGGUUGUGCGUCGUUUUGGGGAGAGAGCGAGGAAGUGGGUGGGGAGGAGGAUGUUUUGCGGGAUGUUGUUUAGGAAGGCCUUCACCGAGAUCGCCUUCGGCGCACCCCCACAAGCUUUUCACGUUUAUAAAAACUCGAGGGAGCAACCUUCAAAAAUCAGUGCGCUGGCUCGCAUCUCCCUCUUCUUCUACACCUACUCCCUAAAGAACAAACUCCUGUUGGCCGGUCCAACAUCUACGCCCCUCAAUCAAGCACUCAUUAUCACAAUGGUCUCCCCCAAGUUCACCUACCUCCUCUGCCUCUUCGUCCUGUCGUCCGUCACCCAGACGCUCUCGGCGCCAAUCCCAGAUCUCGGCGAAGAUGCUACCGGAAUCUCACUCUUCUUGCGAUCUCCGCAAGGAGGUAAAGACCCACUUAGGCGCUCCAGUACCUCCAGUACCUCUUCCACGGGGUCCGCUGAGGCACACAAAAUGCCCAACUUUGGUUCGGGAUCUUCUAGUUCUGGUUCUACUCCUAAUAGUAGGCCCGGAAGUCCAAUAGCGAUUGUUGAUCCCGGGUCCGUGCGUCCCGAACCAGAGAACUUUGACAAUCCCAAAGAUCCCAAAAUUCCCGCAAAAGCCAUGAAAAAGCUAGGCAUCGACUCAGGGAAUCCAACGGCUGGUGGAUCUGGAUCUGGAGGUCUAUUGACGGUUCCCGGCACUUCCGCUGGCGGCGACAACAAUUUGAGCCGCAAGUCCUCAAAGGCCAGUUUACGCAGCGUUGCAAGUAGUGUGAAAAGCACUGUUAGCAGCCUCGGAGGAAAGGUCAAAAGUGUCGCGAAGACUGUCAAAGGCGCCUUCACCCCGAAUUCCAAGAAGAAGGGCCCCGGCGGCGCAGGGGGCGCAGGCGCGGCUUCAGGAUCCGGUCAAGGCAAAAAUCGCAAGAGGAGUCUGAGCUUUGGAGAUGCCGGAUCACCUUUGUACUACUAA